ACAGGAUUUCACAAAAAAAACGAAAAUCGAUACACUGCACUCUUUCUAGUCAUAAACCGUACGUAAGCCUUUGGCCAGGCGCAUUCCAGGUACAGGGUGCAGAGGGCAAAUAUCCUUCGGUCCCGCCGAGUGCCGACAACCAAACGAAAGCCGUCGCCAAGGGACUCGGAGGGUAGACGAUAACCGUCUAGGGCACCCUUUAUCAGUGAGCUAGUGUGAUCCUACAUCGGCCAAGAUUAAUCUCUCGGUGCAAAUCAACAUGGGCGACAGUAGCAAGGAAGCAGCGGAAACUCCGCCGAUACUGUCGGCCACGGCAAGUGUUACUACCACGACCACAACGGACCCACCGACCGGCGGUUCCACGACGGAAUCGCAACCACCGCCACUGCCACCAAGAGAGCAUUUGAUCGUAACAGCCGUUAAGUUCCUGAACAACCCGAACAUCGUUCGCAGUGCCAUCAACAAGAAACAGGCUUUCCUUCGCUCCAAAGGACUGACGGACGAUGAAAUACAGAUUGCCUGCGAUCGGGCCGGAGUUUUUACGGGAGAUCCGAACCAACCGCUGCCAAGUCAAACCGUCAUCAGUAUGGGAGUCGAAUCGAGUGGCCCUGGUUAUGCCACGGCCACAGGUUGUCAUCAUCCGAUGCAACUUAGGCCAACCAACUUCCUCAGCAGGAUGAAGGACAUGCUCAGCUCAGUGGCCAUGCUCAGUGGGCUAAUGUACGGAGUGUACUGGUUCUAUAAGAAAUUCAUCGAACCGCUACUGUUCCGGGACAAGAAGAAGAAAGGUGUCACCGAGCAGCUGAACGAACUGAACCAAACCGUCACGGAGAAGAUUGACACGAUGCACGGUGAGCUGGCAAAGAUUAAGGAGGAACUGAAUCGAGUCAAUCAGUUUAACACGACUGUCAAGAACUUUAAGGGUGAUCUUGAUUCGAUCAAGGGCCUGUUGUUGAACCGGAAACAAUUUGCGGCACCCAAUCUACCCGUUGUUCCACCGUCGAUUCCGGCUUGGCAGCUACGCUCCCAACAGCACCAACAACCGAGCAGCGAAGGGGAGCACGACAAGAACGACGACAACGACACCGGCUCCGGGUCUGGUUCGAGUGAGAACGAUGUGGUGCUCAAGAACAGCGACAGCAGUCUGGAGAUUAUGUAAUGCGACCGUUUGCUUAGUUUUUUUCCCCUAGUUUUGUUCCACAAACGAAUCUUUCCUUUAAACAAUGUGCGAAUGAGCACGUGUUGAGUUUGCUAAUACCAUAACCGUUUCUUUUUCCAUACUUUGCAGAUCGUAACUAGAUAGUAACUAGAAACGGGACUUCAUCAAUUCGCCCCAAAAAAUCCAGAAAACAGUUUACAAACAGAACUCCUUUUCCAAUACAAACAAGUAAAGACAAGAAACAUUGCAUUGCACCACGGUGGCCAUUUUCACCGUCGAACAUCUUCACAGUUGGGUCUGUAGUUUGGGUAAGGGCGAGUAAGCAGCUAGCGUUUGACUGCGGGGUGGCAAGGGUGCUGUCGAAGAUAGGCCCACGGCUCGGUGCUAUGGCCUCCGUACUGUUGUGAACUUUUAAGUUAAGCUUCGUUUUGUACAUUAUUGCAUUUAACCAAAUCAGUUACUUCCAAGAGCGUUCCGUGGUGUGGCCAGCAGCGAAUCACCAGCAACAGCGUCAGGGUUUUUAACAUAUAAUUUUCCCACGGAGCGAGACGCAGGGUCAGCCAUCUAUAUUCUGCGCACGAGUGUGAUGGGGUCGAACAGUUUGGUUUAAUCAGGGACUAGAUGGGUUUACGAAUAUUAUUCGCGCGUGAAAAUGAGUUUCAGUGAUAUACCUUCGGUUUUACGGAUUUUUGCGGUGUAAUUGUAGCGAUAUGUAAAGAAACGGUCCAGAGCAACGCUGCGCUCUGGACGAUAAUGU